AUGAGAAUGUUAGCAUAUGGUUGCCCAGCUGAUCAAAUUGAUGAGUAUCUAAAACUUGGGGCAAGUACGGCAAGAGAAUGUCUUAUACACUUUGUUGAUGGAGUGAUUCGUGAAUUCUCAACAGAAUACCUGCGGAAGCCAAAAGUCGAAGAUCUUGUUCGUCUCCUUAAACAAGGGGAAGAAAGGGGUUUUCUUGGCAUGAUGGGGAGCAUCGAUUGCAUGCAUUGGGAGUGGAAAAAUUGUCCAGCUGGGUGGAAAGGAAUGUAUCAAGGAAGAUCUAAAAGGGCGACGCAUGCCUUUUUUGGCACGCCAGGGACGUGCAACGAUAUAAACGUUCUUCAACGUUCUCCCGUCUUUAACGAUAUUUUAAAUGGUCGAGCUCCACAAGUUAAUUUCACUGUGAAUGGAUAUACCUAUAACCAAGGAUAUUAUCUCACAGAUGGGAUUUAUCCAAAAUGGGCAACAUUUAUUUCCGCUAUUACCUCCCCACAAACCCCUAAACAGAAGUUGUUUACAAUCAAACAAGAGAGUAUUAGAAAAGAUGUUGAGCGUGCUUUUGGUGUGCUACAAGCUCGAUUUGCAAUAAUUAGACAUCCGGCUUUGGCAUGGAGUGUCGAAAUGCUAUGGAAAAUCGUGAUGGCGUGUAUUAUCAUGCACAAUAUGAUUGUAGAAGAUGAGCGCGAUAAUUACAUGAAUUAUUGGGAUCCAACGGAAUUUUCCACCGAACAACUUGAGAAUCUAGCAGGAUCAUCAAGGAGAAGAGCAACAACUUUCACUGUUACCCCUGGGCGUUAUAAAGAUCAAAAUUUAGCUACAAUGAUGGCUACACGAGAAAAUCUUCGUAAUAAACAAAUUAAUACAUUUUUGAAGAAUGAUUUGCUAGAACAUAUGUGGGCUAGGUUUGGGAGCACUUUUGUCAACUCACCUUAA